AUGAAAACCUUCAUAGCUGUUGUCAUGGUUAUUUUCAUUGUGGAAAGUUGCAAAUGUGACUGCACAAAAAGGUUCAGUGAAGACUUCAACGAGGCCCACAACCGUGCGUUGGUGAAUCAUGGGUUUACAUGGAAGAAUGUUUCAUCUCCUGUGAUAUGUGGGCGAGACUGCUCUAUGGAUCCACACUGUGCAUCAUUCAACUACUACAUAUGUAGCCAUGUUUGUCAGUUAUGCAAUGCGACUCAAUCUCAAAGCCCUGAUGACUUCAUUGAGCUGCAAGGAGUUGCCUACUUUGAUGACAACUUGGAAACUCCUUCCCUUUCAGCACCAGACUCUGUACGAUUUGGAAGUUGUCUGAAGUUAUACCAGGCUGGUAGCUGUCAGAGUGGCAUUUACACCAUCUACCCUGCUGGUCUGACUGAUGGAGUGAAGGUCUACUGUGAUAUGGAGACAGAUGGAGGAGGCUGGAUCGUGUUCCAGAGGAGACAAGAUGGAUCAGUUGACUUUUACCGUAAUUGGGCAGAAUACCAAUCUGGGUUUGGUAACCUCUCUACUGAAUUCUGGCUUGGUAAUGACAUCCUACGUAAACUUACUGAGUCAGGACAAUGGCAAUUAAUGGUGAAUAUGGCUGAUUGGGACGGAAACACAUCUUGGGCCAGUUAUGAUGGUUUUGCUGUAUCAGGUGAUAAUUACUGUCUCAAUGUUGGCUCCUACGAUGCAGACAGCCCAGCAGGUGAUUCAAUGGCAGUCCACAAUGGCCAGUUUUUCAGUACCAAGGAUCAGGACAAUGAUAGUUUCUAUGGUGUCUGCACACAGAUACAUGAAGGAGCAUGGUGGUUUAAUGCAUGUAUGGAUUCUAAUCUGAAUGAUGAAUACUACCAUCAGGGUCAAGUAGAAUACGUACGAGGUGUACAAUGGGAAACCUGGAAAGGUAACUACUACUCCUUAAAGACUUGCUCUAUGAAAGUACGAGAAGUUAUGUAA